ACGUUUCUGGACUCUGCUCUCUCUCUCGGUGCACGCCCUCUCCUCCUCACAUGGCCCGGCCUCGACAACAACAUUAACAAAUGACCUAAAGGCUUAAUACACCUCAGAAAACAACGACUGCUUUGGCCCGGGGUUUUUUUUAAGAGUCUAUACGGGCUUAAAACUGAGAACAGGCUCUGCAUAAAAGCUGUGGAGUUCGCCCUCCCUCCGUAGUCAACUCCACUGCACUGCAUUGUAGCGGCGAGUUCAUCUACAGAGACGUGUUAGCCGUGUUAGCAUCACACUGUCAUUACUAGCUAAAAUGAGCCUCAACAUGAACGGCUUCCACGAUGACUCGAUCGCCGACGAGAACAUCUUCCUUUUCACCUCCGAGUCAGUCGGCGAAGGACACCCCGAUAAAAUUUGUGACCAGAUCAGCGAUGCUGUGUUGGAUGCUCACCUUAGACAGGAUCCUGACGCCAAAGUAGCAUGUGAGACCGUUGCUAAGACGGGCAUGAUCCUGCUUGCGGGGGAGAUCACCUCCAGGGCCACCGUGGACUACCAGAAGAUCGUGAGAGAAACGAUCAGAGACAUCGGCUAUGACGACUCCUCCAAAGGCUUUGACUAUAAAACCUGCAACGUGCUGGUGGCUCUGGAGCAGCAGUCACCUGACAUUGCCCAGGGUGUUCACCUGGAUCGAAAAGAAGAGGAGGUUGGAGCCGGGGACCAGGGUCUGAUGUUUGGAUACGCCACCGAUGAGACCGACGAGUGCAUGCCACUCACCAUCGUACUGGCCCACAAGUUAAACGCCAAGAUGGCCGAGCUGCGUCGAGAGGGAACCCUGCCUUGGCUGCGACCUGAUUCCAAAACUCAGGUGACCGUUCAGUACAGACAGGACCGAGGAGCCAUGGUGCCGCUGCGCGUCCACACCGUUGUGGUGUCCGUGCAGCACGACGAAGACAUAUGUCUGGAGGAGAUGCGUCGUUGUCUGAAGGAGCAGGUGGUGCGCGCCGUGAUCCCUGCAGGAUACCUGGACAACGACACCAUCUACCACCUGCAGCCCAGUGGACGCUUCGUCAUCGGUGGACCUCAGGGCGACGCUGGUCUGACAGGGCGUAAGAUCAUUGUGGAUACUUACGGGGGUUGGGGGGCACAUGGGGGUGGAGCGUUCUCUGGGAAAGACUACACAAAGGUAGACCGCUCGGCUGCCUAUGCCGCGCGCUGGGUGGCCAAAUCUCUGGUCAAAGCCGGACUCUGCCGACGUGUGCUGGUGCAGGUGUCCUACGCUAUUGGAGUGGCCCAUCCUCUCUCCAUCUCCAUCUUCAGCUAUGGAACCUCUCAGAUGAGCGAGAGAGAACUCCUGGAUGUCGUGAAGAAAAACUUCGACCUGCGUCCUGGAGUCAUCGUGAGAGACCUUAACCUGAAGAAGCCCAUCUACCAAAGCACAGCCGCCUACGGCCACUUCGGCCGCGACUCCUUUCCGUGGGAGGUGCCCAAGAAGCUGAAACAGUGAAAUCUUCCCAUUGGCCUUAAAUGUGGCCUUAAAGGUGUUCUCACAGUUUAUAAAGUGUGUGUUUGUCUCACCUUCUUCCUCCUCCUCCUCCUCCUCGUCCUCCUCCUCUUAAACGCACAGUCCACACCACUAUGGCCUCUCUCUCUCCCCCACUCUCUCACCCACUCUCCUCCUGAGGUCACGUACUUUGAUUUGUCCCAGCGUAUUCGAGCGGAGCUGUUGACCUCCAUUCAAAUUGACCAGUGUCAGAUCUUCACACUGAUGGACCAGUAUUGACCAGUUAAAAUCACCUCCUACUUCAGGAGUUUCCCCCAAAUCUGCGCACGGAGAAACCUCUCCGUCCUUUUAGACCAUGUGACUGACCAACCAGUUUGUUUAAGUCAAACUUAAACUCCCGUUAUAUCUUUCACUGUUCCACGAAUGGAAGUCACAUCGUUUGCCACGUAAAAAUAUGAAUAUAAAUCGUUUUCACGCGUGCCGUCCCUUCAGACCAUGAUCAUUUUUUUUCUGACGUUUUACAGAGAAGUCAGAAGCUGCUAUAUGGUCGUGUCGGUUCGCACCGUGAGACAGUUCCACUUUUCCUAUUCUGUUGUGUUGGUUUGAUAUAAUGUGAAUCUUUCAGAUAGUGUCAACGUUCUGCUGAUCAAAAGAAGGCGUUCCGACCCUGGGACACAGGCCUGACUCUGGGUGUCUCUACAGAAAAACCCAGACUCGGUCUCUGCUGCCCUGGGGCACGUGGCAUGGAUAUGAUGUUAUACUUGAAAUUAUUUAUAAUAUAUUUGACCAGCAAAGCAUGAGAGCGCAGUGCUAACACACGCCGCACGUCCCGACCCGUCCUGAGUUGCACUAGAACAUCGUUCACUGGGCUGUUAAAAAAAAAAAAAUAGAAGGUACAGAUCUGACCGAGGUGCGAGGAGCUUCUCAGUGAACGUAAGACGGGGUUUGAGCUCAGUUCCUGUUUGUUGAAACGCUCGACACGUUAGCCAAUCGACAACAAGGCCGCUGUGUUCCUCUGCUGUUAACUCUUGAAUGAAUGUCGAGCUCAAUGGUUAAGCGUUUCUUUAUUUAUUUAUUCUAGGUUUUUUUUUUUUUAAAUAUAGAAUUAUCGAGGGAAUAAGUCAGAAGGUUCCAGCCUGUUACUGUCGCUUUCUAUUUUUGUCAAAGACCUUGGUCGGAUUUGAACUGAGUCUGUACUGAAAGCCUGGGCUAAAGCUUUAAAUACUUUCCCAGUUGCAGUCAAAAUGUUUUUAAUGUUUAAAUACAAAGAAAAUCCAAGUCAGAAAUUCAUACUCAAUUAGUCGUCUCUCAAAGCUACGUGAAUGUAGUUCACUCUUCAACUUUCUUCUAAGUCCAAGUUAAAAAAACAAAAACAUUGAAGUCCUUUUUUUUUAUAAAUAGCACUGACUCCAAGUCCUUUAAUAUUGGGUUAGUGUAAAAUAACUAUUAAUUACUCUGUUAAAAUUAUUAAUUGUGUCUUAAAGUUAUUCCAUUCGAGCCCAACGCCUUUAAGAAUGCACUGAUACAUCACUUUAAAUGUAAACAAACAUUUAAAAAAUAUAUAUAUAUUCGUAAAUUUACCAGUAAAUUACAAGUACAGUCGGCUCUGUUUCUAGACCCCAGGCAUUCUUUCUUUAUUUAAAAAAAAAGCCACAGAAAGUUCUAGAACACAGCACUAAUGUGAGUGACGUCAUUUGGACUGGAUUUGUUUCUCCUAUAUUGUGACGGUUAUCGGCGAAAAGUAAAGUUAGCCAUAGCAUUAUCUUAGCCUGCCCGGCGUUAUGACACAUUCGUGGACCACGAUAGUUUACCCCCGAUGUUUGAAUGUCAUAGGUAGAGGGCGCUGUGUCGGCUUGAAAAAUGUUAAGAUAUUUUUUCUACUUCCGCUUAGCGAAGUAGAAUGUCAGACACUGAUUUCACCCAAGGUGUUGUGAGUGUACCUUCAGAAGGGCAGCCAAAGGGUGGCGCUAUAGGGCCGUUGUAUACGUGAGUGAGUCGGUCCGUGUUAAAUCUCCUCAGUAACGUUCGCUUCCUGUAACUCAGCGGUCACAGACCAACGCUUGGUUGGUGUUGUACAGAGAAACCAACUGGUUUACAUGGUCUGUUGAUGGUGCGUUCAAGGAACUAUGUUAUUUUCUAUGAUUUUUUCUUUUUUUUUUUAAUUUUGUCUUGAAUGUUUAAAAGUGCCUUUCUCUGCAGUGUCCUCCCCCCCAACACACACACUUCCCUUUACUCCCUCCCCCCCCCCCCCCCCCCCCGAAUAACUCCGAGGAAACCAAUCCGACAGUUGUUGUUGUUGUCCUUCAGUGGUUUACGACAAUAACGAACGUUUUGUGUUGACUUUUUACUUCGAAUCCUUCAAAUAAACUGUGCACCUGAUCGUGUU